AUGCCCAACGACGAAGCAUUCAGCAAGCCUUCGGCACCGUCGGAGGCUCCGCACGCUCCCGGGGCACCGCCGCAGGGAAAGCCCGGGGGCUUCGGCAAAGCAGCUGGGGCGCUGCUGGGGGCAGCCGGAGGCUCGGGUGCCGGAGGCAGCGGCUCUGGGGCGUCGGGCCUGGGUGCUGCGAGCAAGAAGUCUCCUCGGCUGCCCAAGUGCGCGCGCUGCAGGAACCACGGCUAUGCCUCGCCUCUCAAGGGGCACAAGCGCUUCUGCAUGUGGCGGGACUGCCAGUGCAAGAAGUGCAACCUGAUCGCCGAGAGACAGCGCGUGAUGGCCGCGCAGGUGGCCCUGAGAAGGCAGCAGGCCCAGGAGGAGGAACUGGGCAUCAGCCACCCUAUCCCGCUGCCCAGUGCGGCUGAGCUGCUUGUCAAGAGAGAGAACAAUGGCAGCAACCCGUGCCUGCUGACCGAGAGCAGCAGCCCCUCGCAGCCACCACCGGCCAGUACUCCCACCACUGGUGCUUCAGAGGGACGUAUGGUCAUCCAGGAUAUUCCUUCUGUCACCAGCAGAGGGCAUGUGGAGAACGCACCUGACCUGGUUUCUGACUCCACCUACUACAGCAGCUUUUACCAGCCGUCUCUGUUUCCUUACUACAACAAUCUGUACAACUAUCCGCAGUACUCCAUGGCCUUGGCUGCUGAUUCCUCCCCUGGGGAUGUGGGAAGUCCCCUCGGAGGGUCCCCUGUGAAGAAUAGCCUUCGGAGCCUCCCGACACCUUAUGUGCCUGGUCAGGCAGGAAACCAGUGGCAGCAGAUGAAAAACUCGGAGAACCGCCAUGCGAUGAGUUCCCAGUACAGGAUGCAUUCUUACUAUCCGCCUCCCUCUUACCUGGGCCAGAGCAUGUCCCAGAUCUUCACUUUUGAAGAUGGCCCUUCUUAUUCGGAAGCCAAAGCGAGCGUAUUCUCGCCUCCCAGCAGUCAAGAUUCUGGCUUGGUUUCCCUUUCCAGCAGCUCUCCCAUUAGUAACGAGAGCACAAAGGGAGUGCUUGAAUGUGAGUCUGCAUCGGAGCCCAGCACCUUCGCGGUCAAUCCUGUCAUCGAGGAGGACGAGUGAGCGGCGCCCGCUGCCCAGGGCAGUUCACCAGGAAUACCAGCGUGUUCCAUUUUCCACAGGGUUUGUUAGUAUUCUGAGUUGACCCGUGACGACUUAACUAUUGAAAACGUGUUUGGUUUAUACCCCUUAGAGUUUCCUCCAAGGCUAAAAUACCUUUGUAAUAGUUUAGGACUGUUACCUAGAAGAAUUAAGUACUUUGUUCGUGGGAGUUGAAAUAGUAGUUUCCUCCUUUUUUUUUGAAAUGACACUGGUUUCAUGUAGUUUUCAAGAAAUACAAAUAAUUGACUUAAGUAAAACUCGUAUGUGUGCAUCUAAAUGAGUCAUAGUAGAUGUUACUUUAGUUUUAAAAUGAAAUCUUAGGCACCUUAAAGGUUUUUUUAAAUUUUAUUUUAAUAAAACUGCAAAAACACAAGUUUAGCCAAGUUACCUGACUGGUGAGAAAGAGCAGGCAAAUUAGUGAUUUUUUUAGGAAUCUACAAAAUAUUGAAAGUAAAUGGACAUACUGAGUGCGUUACCGUGUGUAGCCUUCACCACAUGCCUUCAGUCCAAAACAUGACUGAAAUAUUAGAAAAAGCCUGUAAGAAUUGCUACUUUUCCUGUAAAGGAUAAUUUGAAAACAGUGCAAUUUAAAGUAACCUCAGUGAUGCAGCAUUCCUGUGUGUUGUUUCUAGAAUGAGUUUAUCAUAUACGUUCUUUUCUACUAUAGGAGAAAAUGGAUGCUAUCUACACUAUUUUGUAAUCUUAGGCUGUAAUCUGAUUCGGAAAUAAGUACAUCUUUAAAAGUUACUACAUACUCCUGUGUUCAUUAUUUUGUUAAAAAUUGCUCAUGAAGUACUUAUGUAACAGAAGCCAAAUCUGAAAUGAAACUAGUCUUAAAAAAGUCAUUGUUCUGCAUAGUUGC